AGGGAAGAUAGAGAAGAAGAAUCUGGCAGUGCUCCGUGGCCUUCCUGCAGCAGCUGUUCUUCCCCUCUCCUAAGCCUGUACCAUUAAGGAUGCUUUCUCAGGACUUUUGCCAUCAUUUUUGGUGAACGAAGGCAAUAGCUAAGCAUGACGACCAGCAGACGGCUCGAGGAGUCCAUGGGGGCUGUUCAAAUGGGGUUAGUCAGGAUACUGAAAGGGUUCCAGAGCAAGGUGCUGCCGCCCCUGAGUCCGAAGGUGGUCACCGAAGAAGAAGUGAACCAAAUGCUAACACCCUCGGAGUUCCUGAAGGAAAUGUCCCAGACCACAGAACAGAGACUGGCUAAUACACGGUUGAUGUGCCGACCACAGAUCAUCGAACUUUUAGAUAUGGGGGAAACGACCCAUCAGAAGUUUUCAGGAAUUGACCUGGAUCAGGCAUUAUUCCAGCCCUUUCCAUCAGAAAUUAUAUUUCAGAACUACACUCCCUGUGAAGUCUAUGAAGUUCCACUGGUUCUGAGGAACAAUGACAAAGUUCCAAGGAUGGUGAAAGUCGUUGAGGAAAGUUCACCUUACUUUAAAGUAAUCAGCCCCAAAGAUAUUGGCCACAAAGUAGCUCCAGGAGUGCCAUUCACAUUCCGAGUCGUCUUCACUCCGGAGGAGAACAAGGAUUACACCCAUAUGUUGACCUGUGUUACUGAAAGAGAAAAGUUUAUUGUACCCAUCAAAGCCAGAGGUGCUCGGGCCAUCCUAGAUUUUCCUGACAAGCUGAAUUUUGCCACUUGCCCUGUCAAAUACAGCACUCAGAAGAUUCUGCUGGUACGAAACAUUGGCAACAAAGACACUGUGUUUCACAUCACAACUUAUAGGCCGUUCUCUGUAGAGCCAUCUGUCGGAAGUCUUAGUGUGGGAGAGUCCAUGCAGCUGGAAGUGAAUUUCGAGCCACAAACCGUGGGCAAUCACAGCAAACGGCUUAUUGUGUAUUACGACACAGGUGAAAAAAUGUUUGUAUCCCUGUAUGGAGCUGCCAUAGACAUGAAUAUAAGGCUGGACAAGAAUUCUUUGAUCAUUGAGAAAACCUAUAUAUCUCUGGCCAAUCAGCGAACUGUAACUAUUCACAACCGCAGUAACAUCAUUGCCCACUUCCAGUGGAAGAUAUUUGCUACUCAGGAAGAGGAAGACAGAGAAAAGCAUAGGGUCUGUAGCAGUCUGAUCAAAGAAGAAAAGAAUGAGACUGAUGACUUUCUUGAAGAGUGUAUUGUCGAUCCUUCACUGCGAGAACGCCUUUCCAUUCUCUCCCGCACCUUUGAGAAUCAGAGAAGUCUGGUUCAGGAAGACAGCAUGCUCUUCUUGAACAAGGUUUUCGUUACCGAGCCUCUGGAAGGUGAUGUCUGGCCCAACUCAUCAGCGGAAAUCACUGUGUACUUUAACCCUCUGGAAGCCAGGCUCUACCAAAUGACUGUUUACUGUGACAUUUCAGGCCGAGAGAUCCGUCUGCCCCUUCGAAUCAAAGGGGAAGGAAUGGGACCGAAGAUUCACUUCAACUUUGAAUUGCUGGAUAUUGGAAAAGUUUUUGUUGGAUCUGUGCAUUGUUAUGAGGCAACCCUGUCCAACAAAGGCAGCAUUGACGGGCUCUUCAAUGUGAUCCCUGCCACUUCAGCCCUGGGGGCCUGCUUUGUUUUCAGUCCCAAGGAGGGCAUCAUCGAACCAGCCGGGGUCCAGGCUAUCCAGAUUACCUUCAGUUCUGCCAUCCUGGGCCACUUCGAAGAAGAGUUCCUGGUCAGUGUCAAUGGGUCACCCGAGCCUGUGAAACUGACUAUUAGAGGCUGUGUCAUCGGACCCACCUUCCACUUUAACGUUCCUGCUCUGCACUUCGGCGAUGUUUCCUUUGGGUUCCCUCAUACCUUGAUAUGUUCCCUCAAUAACACCUCCUUGGUCCCGAUGACCUUCAAACUGCGUAUCCCUGGGGAUGGCGUUUCCAGUUGUCGGGAUUAUUCGGACAACCAAGGCUCCUCUUGGAACAAGGGUGAAAUACCCAUAACGAAACCUAAAGAAUUCACCAUCACCCCCAGCUGUGGCACCAUUCGCUCCCAAGGAUUUGCUGCUAUCAGGGUGACCUUAUGCUCCAACACUGCGCAGAAAUAUGAGCUGGCCCUGGUGGUGGACGUGGAGGGCAUUGGGGAGGAAGUGCUGGCGCUCCUCAUCACAGCGAGGUGUAUUGUGCCUUCCCUCCGCCUGGUUAGUACAGAGGUGGACUUCGGACGCUGCUUCCUGAAGUACCCGUAUGCAAAAACCAUCCAGCUUGUCAAUCACGAUGACCUCCCAGGAUGCUAUGAGGUCUUGCCUCAGGUGCGCGAGGACUCGCCCGCUGUGCUGUACUCUUGCCCCAGCCCCCGUGGAAUCAUCUCUCCCCAGAGCACCGUUCACAUCCCCCUGACCUUGGAGACCCAGGUCCCUGGGAAACACAUGUCCCCACUCUACAUCUCAAUCUUCGGGAGCCAGGACCCCCCUGUGGUGUGUCACAUAAGGAGCAUUGGUGAAGGCCCAGUUAUCCACAUACAUCCCGUUCAAGUUGAUUUUGGCAAAAUCUACGUCUUAAAGGAGUCCUCCAGGAUUCUCAACCUCUCCAACCAGUCCUUCAUCCCUGGAUUGUUUAAGGCACACAUGGCACACAAAAAUUCCCUUUGGACAGUCGAACCCAACGAAGGUGUCGUUCCCCCGGAAAAUGAGGUUCAGCUGACACUGACCGCCAACCUGAAUGACAUAGUGACAUUCAAAGACAUGGUCAUUUUGGAAAUUAAAAAUAGCAACACCUAUCGGAUUCCGGUCCAGGCUUCAGGAAUUGGUUCCACCAUUGUUUCAGAUAAACCCUUUGCUCCAGAAAUCAAUCUGGGAGCAUAUUUUAGCCUGAACAUGUGUUAUUACAACUUCAAGUUGACCAACAAGGGCCGUCGCGUCCAACAGUUAUACUGGAUGAACGAAAAUCCCUGUCUCCAGAACAAGCCGAGCAAGAAAGGACCUGCCAACAGCCUCCCGCCAUGCCACAGCUCCCAGGCACCCAGGGACCCCCAGAGCCCUGUGUUUCAGCUUCAUCCCGUCAGGAUGGAGUUGCAGCCAGAGCAGACGAUCGAUGUGGUACUUGAAGGCUAUUCUGCUACUCCCAGGAUAGUCGAAGAAAAGCUCGUGUGCCACGCCGUUAUUGGGAGACAGAAGAGGAAGAGCAUGGUGAUAACCGUGAACAUCAUCUGCGAGUUUAUAGAGCCGCUUAUCCAGCUCUCCACCAAGCAGCUCUUAUACCGACUGGAGAAGAAACCAAACACUGUCUUGAAACCUGAUUACCAGCCCUUGGUCAUGAAGAACAUUUCCACCCUGCCCGUGAACGUGUUGCUUUCAACGAGCACACCCUUCUUCAUCUGUGAGACUGAUAAGUCUCUGCUGCCCUUGCCCCCUGAGCCUGUUAAACUGGAGAUUGGGGAAGAAAAGAGCCUGCUGAUCAAAUUUGACCCUUUCUACAGACACGAUCUGAACAACUGGGUGGCAGAGGAAACUCUAGCAAUCAAGUACCUGGAGCACCCUCAGGUAGACAGCCUGAAGCUGCGUGGGGAAGUGCACUUCCCCAACCUCAGCUUCGAGACCAUGGAACUGGACUUCGGCUGCAUUCUGAACGAUACGGAGGCGAUCCGCCACAUGACAGUCGCCAACUGCAGCCCCCUGGUUGUGAAGUUCCGCUGGUUCUUCCAGGCGAACAGCGAGGAAAAUCAAAUAAGAUUUGUAACGUGGCUGCGGAAGCCCGACAGUGCCCUCCUGUCCCAGCGAGAGUCCAUCCUGGGGACCUCAGCCUCCGCCAGCUCAGGAGCAGUCUCAGCAAUACAGUCCCCUGAGAUUGCUCUAAGUGGUUUUGAGUGGAGGGAAGAAGACAGGGUCGUUGUGUUGGAGACUGUGCCGAUUGUCCCUGUGGAUGAAGAUUUUGGGUCUAAAGGAAGAGGACACAAAAAAGCAGAAGAGCCUGACCUGCACAUCUCAGAUGUGUUUGAUAUUUUGCCCCUCUAUGGAGAGCUGCGGCCACACGGUAGCCACCAGGUGGCUUUCACCUUCUAUGGACACUGUGACAUCAUUGCACAGGCUAAAGCUCUGUGCGAAGUGGAAGGAGGGCCCACCUAUGAGAUAAUACUGAAGGGAGAGGCAUCCGUGGUCAGCUAUUCCUUUGACGCCAAGGACAUUGACUACGGAUUACAGCUGUUUGACCACGUCACAGAGAAUGAAAUCACAGUGAAGAACACCGGGAAAGUCGGCUUCCAGUUCAAGGUGCUGACUGAUCACCAGUCUUCGCGAGACAACCUUAUGCCCGGCGUGCCGCUGACCCUGCCGCUCUCAGGUUUCGUCGGUUCACUUCAAGAGCAGGUGUUGAAGGUUUACUACUUGCCUGGAGUACCUGGGGUCUUUCAAAGAAGUUUCCAGAUACAGAUCGCCCACCUGGACCCAGAAAAGAUCACACUGAGUGGAGAGGGAAUCUUUCCCCGAAUCUGCCUCGACCUCCCCAGAAACCUCAAAGGAAAUGAAAAAUAUGAAACCUUCUUGAAUAAGGCCAGAAAAAAACUAGAAAAAGAGUUCCACAAAUAUGAAACAUUGAAUCACUUAGAGACAACUGAGGAAAUACCUGAGGAUGAAUCUUCCGAGUUAAAUGCUCAGCUCCAGAUGGAAGUAGAGCGACUCCUAGUCCAAAACUACGCCAUAGAACAUCAGAAAACAGUUGUCCCUGACCCCUCGGAUAAUGUCAGCCACUGGAGUCGCCUCAGAAUGACCAAAAUCCAGCUGCCAGAGUACAUCCUGGACUUCGGCCACAUCAUCCUUGGAGACGUCCGAACACACAUCAUCAAGAUCACCAACACCAGUCAGAUCCCAGUGUCCUUCCACGCAGAAAGGCGUGUCCUUCACGACACAGGCUUUAGUACUGACUUAGACCGUGUAAAGAAUCUGCCUUACUGCGAAACAGAAACAUUUGAAGUAAGAUUUGACCCACACGGGACCAACCUUUCCGUUGGCAACAAAGAGGUCGUUCUGCCCAUCAAGGUGGUUGGGGGGCCAACAAUUCACAUCUGUCUGCAAGCCAAGGUGACCAUUCCCACUAUGACUCUGUCUUGUGAGAAAGUGGAGUUUGCCACGAUCCAGUGUGGACACUGCCUUGUGGAAACUGUUCAGCUUUCCAAUAAUCUUCAAGUUCCUUGUGAAUGGUUUGUCCACAGCCAUAAGCUAUGUAACAAGCUGGAGAAACACAUGCCAAAGUACUUAAGACAGAAACUGUAUGCUGAAUUAAAGCCAAAGACACGGAUCUUUGAGAUCCAGCCUACUUCUGGGGUCUUGGAUCCUGGUGAGAGAUUCAACGUGCAAGUGAAAUUCAUGCCUAAAGAAGAGAGAUUCUACAGCCAAACCCAGACGUUCCAGAUUGCGCGUGGUACUCAGAAGCUUACACUGCUGACACAGGGGCAAGGUUUGGAGCCACGCUUGGAAUUCAGUCCUUCCGUUCUGGAGCUGGGGCCACUGCUGCCCUACGCACCCGGGGACGAGGCCGAGGUGGUGGUGAAGAACCCCUGUGACUUUCCCAUUGAGUUUUACUCCUUGGAAUUUGACCAGCAGUAUCUCAUCGAAGAGAAGAUCUUGCGGACGCUGAAGGGCUAUGAUUCCUACAACACCCUGCUGCUGCCACCCCGCAUCCCUGGGGAGAAGCUGCCCACAGAAAUGUACGAGUACUUCAAUGAGAUGAAGCAGUCAAAAGAGGAGCAGCUGAAGGUGAAAUACCUGGAGGCUCUGGUGCAGGAUAAUGAAGACGAAGAAAUAUCCCCGUUGGAUCAGGGAGCCUCCAACAGCCUGAAGAGGCCCUCACUUAACCACGGGAUCUCUGUCAUGUCUGACCUGACAGACCAGAAUGAGUUCAAGAACAACCUGUAUGAAGAGGACGAUGACGACAGCCUGGAAAAAAUAGUGUUUCAAACGGACAAGGUACAGAGCACUGACAGCCACUCCUCAGAGGAAGUCGGAGAAAUAGAGAACAACCCCGUGAGCAAGGUCAUCUCUCGCUACCUGGGCAUUGAUGUCUCCACAGAAAGCAACGUGACCAACAACCAGAAGGGCAUCGCCAUCAUCAUCCACGGGACACCCCUGUCAGGAAAGUCCGCCACGGCAGCCAGCAUGGCCAAGCACUACAACGCAGCCUGCCUGAGCAUCGACUCCGUCGUGCUGGAAGCCAUCUCCGAGGGCAGCAUCCCGGGGCUGCGGGUCCGAGAGCUGUGCAUCAAGGCCGCCAUAGAGCAGUCCAUGCGGGAAGGAGAGGAGUCUGCCCAGGACACUGCUUCGGCCCAAAUUUCCAUUGGACCCCUACAACUGAGCACUGAGACCCUGGGCAAGUUAACCUCAGAAUCCGCCCUGGUAACUCCAGAAACAAAAGGUGCAAAGCCUGUGCGCGGGAGCUUGCUGAUUGGCAAAAGCAAGGCAGAGAGCCACGCCUCUGGGUCUCAGAAGCAGCAGCAUCAGCACCCGCCCGAAACACCACAGGUUUCCUCCAGUCCCCUCCCCUCAGGGCCAACGCCACGCAGGCUCAGUGUCAGCCCCAGUGUCGGAGGGGACACCGGGCUCCUGAGCUGUGUGCUGCCUGAGGAGCUGCUCACCCAGAUCCUGUCUGAACGUAUACAGCUGAGUGACUGCUACCAAGGGGUGGUGUUUGAUGGCCUCGAGACACUCUUUGCUCGGAACGGGGCUGCUGCCCUCCUCUGCCUCCUGAAGGCCUUUGGCAACCGGGACCACAUCUAUGUUCUCAACAUCGCCCAGGAUUACGCAGCCAUGAAGGCCCAGGAGAAAGCCAAAAAGGAACAAGAAGAGCACAAACGCAGGGAAGCGCUUGAGAAAGAGAAGCAACGUCUCCAAAAUAUGGACGAGGAAGAAUAUGAUGCCCUGACAGAGGAAGAGAAGCUCAAGUUCAACCGGGAAAUUCAGCAGGCCCUCUGGGAGAGGAAGAAAAGGGAGCUGGAGAGAUUAGCAAGGGAGAUGCAAGAAAAGAAGCUACAACAGGAGCUCGAGCGGCAAAAAGAAGAAGACGAGCAAAAAAAGAAGGUCAGGAAACCAAAGCAAGGACCAGCGAAGGAGGACUCGCCUCUGAAGAAAUCCCAGACGUCAAGCCGGCAGACUCUUACUUUUUCCAAACUAGAUGUCAAGAUGGACUCAAUAGAAAGAAAAGUAUCUGAGAGGGAGCCAGUAACGUCUGAGAAGGAAGAACUGGCCAAGAAGAAAAAGAACCAACUGGCAGAUAACCUCCUGGGGGUCCCUCUUGCCCAGGAGCAAGAGGACAGUGAAGCAGACCUCCUGAAGGAAGCCGACAAGCCUUUGGCCCAAAAGUUUAAGAUCUACGAGUUGACUUUGAAGGAUAUCCAGAGCAUCCUCGCUUACUGGGACCGGAAGCAAGGAGUUCAAGUGCAUCACACUGGGGCUGACGACCUGGCCCACGAGUCCAAUGACCAGCGCCAGGUCCCAUCCACGGGGCGCAGAGGCCGCAAGGACCGGGAGCGGGAGCGCGCGGAGAAGGAGCGGGCUGAGAGGGAGCGCCUGGAGCGGGAGAAGGCCGAGAAGGAGCGUCUGGAGAAACUCCGGGCACUGGAGGAGCAGAGCUUUGGAGGAGAGGGGGACAAGGAGGAGGACCAUGAAGGAAAGAGGGACCUGGGGGUGCCAUUCAUAAAUAUCCAUAUACCCGACUUGGAAGGCUCCAGCUGGAAGCAGGCCCUGGAGACUGACAGGCUUCCCAAAGUGGAUCAGAUCCUAGACGCCUUGGGCCUGGGCACCUCUGGACUGCCCAUCCCGCCUCCUGUCUUGUUCUCAGUCAUCUCCUACCCUGUGAAGCGGCUGCCCCUGGCCUUAACGGAAACCCUGGAGCACUUUGUGUUUGUGACUCCGCCAUCCGAAGAGCUCUCCCUGAUGGAGGACAGAAGAGACGAGUCAGAAGAAGAUCUUUUGAACACCACCACCGCAAGCUCUCUGAAGGAGGAGCUGACCGUGUUAUCUAAGGGGAGCAAACAGAAACUGAAAGAAAAACUAGAACAGGUUCGAGAGACUCCAAAGGACAAACGCCCCGUGGCCGGCAACAGGAAGAGCGUUUCUUCAGGAACUUCUGGAGCCAUUGCCUCACCGUCAGAACUAGACUCCGACAACUUGUCUGAGCAGCUCUCCCAGGAGAAAUUCAUCAGGCUGAAUUAUUUCCGGUGGAUCGUGCCACCCAAUGGCGAGGUGACACUGCGAGUGCAGUUCUCGGCCAGCGAUCUCGGGAACUUCGACCAGACGUUCAACUUCGAGAUCCUUGGGACGUGCCGCCAGUACCAGUUGUAUUGCCGGGGCGUCUGCACUUUCCCGUAUAUCUGCCAAGACCCAAAAGUGGUAUUCCCGUACCGAAAGGUGGACAUGAAAGCAGAUGAGAUCAUCUUUAAGAAGUAUGUUGCGAGCAUGGAGAGGUUUUACUUCGGGCCACUGCUCUGUGGAAAAUCAAGAGAUAAGUACAAGUCCUCCACGUUCCCGGGCAACAUGGUGACACUGACAAUCCUGAACAAUUCCCCAAUGGUCGCAGAGCUGUUCUUCUGUUUCCAGCACGAUAUCAAAGCAAACACCUACUUUCUGGAACCCGUGAACAUGAUUCUAAAACCUGGUGAAAAGCAGGAACUGACUGUGUGGGCCUACCCCACUGCAGUUGGUGUCUUUGAAGACAGCAUUGUCUGCUGCAUCAAGGACAACCCAGAGCCAGCCAUCUUCAAAUUAAGCUGCCAGGGAGUCCGCCCAGAACUGGAAGUGGAGCCCAGGCAGUUGCAUUUCGAACGGCUUCUGCUGCACAGAAAAGAAUCCAAAGUAGUUCUUCUCCGCAACGUCACAGCCCUGCCGGUGGCCUGGCGCAUCACCAGCCUGGAGCACCUGGGGGAGGACUUCUCCGUGUCCAUGAUGCAGGGCACCAUCCCCGCCAAGGCCGAGUACAGCCUGCAACUGCACUUCCAGCCCUCCAAACCCAUCACCAUGAAGAAGGCGAUUCGGUUAGAGGUGUUGGACACGGACAACCUCGUGGGCGUUGUUCAAAUCGAAAACAUCCUGAUCCUUGCAGAAUCAUAUGACAUCGCCUUGGACAUCACUUUCCCCAAAGGAGCUGAAGGAGGCCUCGAUUUUGGGAUUGUGAGGGUCUUGGAGGAGGUGAAGCAGCCCCUGCAACUGAAGAACCGUGGGAAAUACGAAAUCAUGUUCAGCUUCUCUGUGGACUCCAUAGGGAUUCCUGUGACCAAUAUAAAUUCUAUGAUUUUAUUCCAACCCAAGAAGGGUUCACUGUCCCCAACAGAAAAGCCCACAAAUGUCCAGGUGUUCUUUCAUUCAAAAAAGGAAGUGAAGAUAGAGCACCAGCCAAUCCUGCGCUGUCAGAUCAUUGAGCCCAAUAUUGCAGAAGGAGGUGAAAUCAUCGCCAGCAUCCCAAUUAAGUUUUCUGUGAAUGCCGUGUUCUCUAAGUACAACAUCACCCCCUCCUCCGUCAUCAACUUCGGGGCUUUGAUCUGCGGCACUCGCAAGAGCACCACCUUCACCAUAGAAAAUCAAGGUGUUACUGACUUCAGGUUUGGCCUUUAUAGGACGACGGGGGUGAGCUCCAUUCAUCAAAAGAAAGUAGCCAGCCAUAUUAGGCAUGCAAGGUCCCGGGAAAGCGAGAACUUCUACAAGGCUGGCUCUUCAAAAAUAACCAAGUUCUCCGAGUCUGUUCAGAAAGAACUAAACAUCUCUAACCAGGCUCGCUUCACCCACGGCAUGUUCACCGUGUACCCUGGGUUUGGCACCAUCCCUCCCGGAGGAACACAGACCGUCAAUGUUGACUGCGUGGCUGACCCUGUGGGCAAGUGUGAGGAGUUUAUAGCUAUUGAUAUCUCUGACCGAGACCCAAGAGACCAUCCUGCUGGCAUUCCUUACAGCCUGUUGGUGGAAGCCUGUAUCCCAGGCUUCGUGACUGACAACAAUGCCUUGAUAUUUGAGGAACACCAGAUCUGCAGCAGUGCCAACCUGCACAGCAUGCUGCAGACCACGGAGACCAGGGGGCUGUUUGUGGAGGAUGAAAACAAGUUCAUCUUCAGCAGUGUCCUGGUAGGCCACCAGGCCAAGGCUCGGUUCAAGAUCAGCAACGUGGGAAAGAUCGCCUGUGAUGUGAGCAUUGUAGUUAAGCCUGUCUCCAGCAAGAUCACUGCCCGCAUCGUCGACAUCUUUGAAGUGGAACCCAGCAAGAUGUGUAUUGCCAGUCGCUCACAUGCCUUUGUCACAGUGUCCUUCACCCCCCAGACCAUGCAGACCUACCAGUGUAUCUUCGAGGCCACCUUGGACGGCUUGCCCAGCAACCUGACCAAGAACCGAAACCUCGUGUUUGAUAUCGUGGGAGAGGGGAACCUCCCUCGAGUGAGCGUGGUGCGGCCAAUUCUCCAUAACCAGCAUGGAAACCCCUUGCUCCUCUUUAAGAGGCUUCUUCUUGGUCAUUCAGAGAAACUACCUCUCAUCUUCAAGAACAAUGGCACUAUCCCUGCCAAGCUGCACAUUGACCUGCAGGACCAGCUAGAAGUCUUCUCCCUGAAAGGGAGGCCCACUACCUCCUAUAUCUACAUCAUAGAGGAAAACACAGCCCAGGCAAAAGCAAAGAAGGCUCACACAGCCUCCCUGAUCAUUCUUCCUGGAGACACAGCCGAAUUCGAUGUUGUUUUUCACUCCCAAAAGGUUGGGAGGUUGACAGGCAACAUCCACUUGUCAGUGGUCAACAAUCAGUAUGAGGACACGAACAUCCACAUGGUGGGAGAAGGCUACGAGGACGACAUCACCUUGGACAACAUCCAUGGGCUGGUGGCUUCCGCCAGCCAGGAGGCCUUAGAUAGCUCUGAGGUCACCGUGGAAACAACCAUGGAAGACUUGGUGGAAGCUGCCCUGGUGGACCACAUUCAGUUUGGGGACUGCCACGUUGGAAACAGCUAUAACGUGAGCUUCACAGUCACUAACCACAGCCAAGUGAAUGUAAUACGGUUUGAGUGGCCUGUUUUAGCUACAGUUUCCUUUUCCCCACAGAUAGGGCACCUCCACCCUGGGUGUGCCAAGGACAUAGUGGUAACCAUGAAGUCAGAUGUGCCCAUCAGCCUGAAGAAUAUGGGGAUCAGGUGCAAGCUGUCCAAGAUCAUGUUCCAGCAACCUGCGGACCAGGUGCCCGACUGGGACGACCGCAUGCACACAGUCAAGUGGGUGGACAUGCCCAGAAGCACCCCCGGGACUUUCACCACGAAACGAAAAGUGGUAGAGACGGACCCCGAGCCUGCUCACUCAGUACUGGAAGAAAACUACCGAGAACUGCAGCUUCAGAUCAGCGCCAAUGUGAAUUUCGCCUCGUACAAGUGCCAAACGGGCGACGUGCGCUUUAAGGAAACGCUAGUUUACCAGACCCGAGUGUUUGAGCUGGAACUGACUAAUACAGGAAGUGUGCAGCUGGAAUUCAGCUGGACCUCCGAAGAGACAGCCAAGGCCGUCAGCUUCGCAAUGCCAGAUAACCAAGGUUCCUCUCAAAAAGAUCAGCUGAGCCAGGUCACACUGCCCACGGGCAGCAGUCUGGACAGCGCCGUGGACCACGGGAACGGAGCUCCCCCACUGUCCUUCUCUGUGGUGCCCCCCUCAGGCACUGUGCCCGUGGGGAAGACUGAGAAGAUCAACGUGAAAUUCUCCCCACUGGAGGUUGGAGACUUCGAGAGCACUCUUACCUGCCAGAUUCCCAACCUGCCACCUGGAGAACAAGGCCCAGUUGUGUCAGCAAAAGGGCGGAGCCUCCUGCCGAUCUGUCAUUUUGAGCUGAAAGACUCAGAUUACAUCAGUGGUCACCGGCGAAACCCAGACCUCCGGGGGCCUGGUGGUGGGGUCCUGGAUCCAAACACCCGGGUGAUCGAGUUCACCAGUGUGGGCAUAGGAGGGAAGAAUCUCCGGACUUUUACAAUCCUCAACCCAACCACUAGCACCUACUCCUUCUGCUGGAUCUCUGAAGAAAUUGAAAGUCUCCAGAACCCUCCAGCCUUCACGUGCCUUACAGACAAGGGCUUCAUCCUCCCAGAAAAGAAAGCUGAGAUUGUCUUCCAGUACACGCCUUUCCAUCUGAACAUCACAGAAGCAUUCUGGACUUUCUCAAUCCCUGAACACAACAUCACAGUCCCUUUCCUGCUGGUAGGCAAAGCCUCUGACCCUCUCAUCAAUCUGGAUAAGUCCCACCUCAACUUCAGUUGUCUCCUCAUUGGCCGAGAAGCCAGGGAGACCGUGCACAUCAUCAACAGGGAGGAGCAGGGAUUCAGUUUUGCCUUCCUGGAAAACUCCCGAUACUCGGAAGGGUUCAGCGACAGCCUGGUCGUCUCUCCCAUGGAAGGCUGGCUCUCACCGCAGUCCAGGCUACCAGUUGAUAUUUUCUUCACACCAAAGCAGGAAGGAGAUGUGAACUUUAAUUUGAUCUGCAAUGUAAAAAAUAAAGCCCACCCUUUGACCUUAAAUGUCAAGGCUGAGGGCUACACUAUGAAUGCAAAUGUCAAGUGCAAAGACAGGACUGGUUCAUCCACUCUCUUGACUCCCAAUCAGACUACGGUUGUCAACUUCUAUGAGGUGGAGCUGAAUGAAUGUGUCCAGUGUGAAUUCACCUUCAUCAACACUGGGAAGUUCAACUUCAACUUCCAGGCAGAGCUAUCUGGCCCCAAAGCCCUGCUGCAGUACUUGGAGUUUUCACCCACUGAUGGCAAAGUGGACAUGGGGCAGAGUGCCCCUGCCUUCCUGUCUUUCCAACCAUUUAAGAAAUGUGUCCUGAAGGGCCUGGAACUCAGAAUCAAGAUAAGCCACGGUCCAACAUUUAUGUGCAGCAUCUCAGGCUGUGCUGUGAGCCCUGCUAUCCAUUUCUCCUUCACCAGCCACAACUUUGGGACCUGCUUCAUCUACCAAGCCGGGAUGCCCCCAUACAAACAAACUCUGGUCAUCACCAACAAGGAGGAAACGGCUAUGAGCAUAGACUGUUUGUACACCAACACCAACUACCUUGAGGUGAACUUCCGUGUCGAUGUGAUAAAGCCAGGAAAGACGAUGGAGAUUCCAAUCACCUUUUAUCCUCGAGAAAGUAUCAGUUAUCGAGAACUCAUCCCCUUUGAAAUCAAUGGGCUCUCGCAACAAGUAGUUGAAAUCAAAGGGAAAGGCACCGAAAUGAAGAUUUUAGUCCUAGAUCCAGCCAAUAGGAUUGUGAAGUUAGGAGCUGUCCUGCCAGGACAGGUUGUGAAAAAAACAGUCUCCGUCAUGAACAACAGCCAAGCCCAGCUCACAUUUAGCCAGUCAGUCCUGUUCUCGACUCCAGAACUCCAGGAACCUAAGGUCAUCACCUUGGUUCCAUUCCACAACAUCACUCUGAAGCCCAAGGAAGUCUGUAAGCUGGAAAUCAUCUUUGCCCCGAAGAAGCGUGUCCCCCACUUCUCCGAGGAAGUGUUCAUGGAAAGCAUGGGGCUCCUGCGCCCCCUCUUUCUCCUCAGCGGCUGCUGCCAGGCUCUGGAGAUCUCCCUGGACCAGCAGCACAUUCCCUUCGGACCAGUCGUGUUUCAGACGAAAGCCACGCGUCGCAUCCUCAUGUUGAACACAGGCGACGUGGGUGCAAGGUUUAAAUGGGAUGCCAAAAAAUUCGAGCCUCAUUUCUCCAUCAAACCGGAAGAAGGCUAUAUCACUACAGGCAUGGAGGUUUCUUUCGAAGUCACCUACCGCCCCACGGAGGUGGGCAAGGAGAGUUUCUACAAAAAUUUGCCCUGCUUCAUCCAGGGAGGCAGUCCUCUGAGCCUAACCCUGUCUGGAGUCUGCGUAGGACCACCUGCAGUAAAAGAGGUGGUAAAUUUUACCUGCCAGGUACGCUCCAAGCACACACAGACCAUCAUGCUUUCUAAUCGCACCAACCAGACCUGGAAUCUGCACCCCAUCUUUGAGGGUGAGCACUGGGAGGGGUCUGAGUUCAUCACCCUGGAGCCCCAUCAGCAAAACAAGCCCUAUGAGAUUACCUACAGGCCGCGCACCAUGAACUUGGAGAACCGCAAGCAUCAGGGCACCCUCUUCUUCCCUCUGCCAGAUGGGACCGGCUGGCUGUAUGCACUGCAUGGCACUACUGAGCUCCCAAAACCCGUGGCCAAUAUCUACCGAGAAGUACCAUGUAAGACGCCCUACACUGAGCUCCUGCCAAUCACCAACUGGCUGAACAAGCCCCAGAGAUUCCGGGUCAUUGUGGAAAUCCUGAAACCAGAGAGGCUAGACCUGAGUGUCACCCUAAAGGGCCUUGACUACAUCGAUGUGCUGUCUGGAGCCAAGAAAGACUACAAGCUGAACUUCUUUUCCCACAAGGAGGGGCUCUACAGUGCAAAGGUGAUCUUCCGAAACGAGGUGACCGGCGAGUUCUUAUACUACAUGGUGAGUUUCAGGGUCAUCCCCUCAGGCGUCGUCAGAACCAUCGAGAUGAUGAGCCCCGUGCGGCAGAGCACCUCGUCCUCCGUCAAGGUGGAGAACCCCCUGCCCUACUCGGUGACCUUCGCCGUGGAAUGCAGGGUGCCCGACAUCAACCUGCCCUCCCAGUUUGUGGUGCCUGCCAACUCUGAGGGCACAUUCUCCUUUGAAUUCCAGCCCCUGCGAGCUGGAGAAACCUUCGGGAGACUAGUUCUGCACAACAGUGAUUUGGGUUACUACCAGUAUGAGCUCAACUUGAAGGCUAUGCCAGCACUGCCUGAAAAGCCCAUCCACUUCCAGGCUGUUCUUGGCAGCGGCCAGAGCAUCUUUGCCAAGAUCAUCAAUUACACCCGGCAGAAGACAGAAUACUACUGCAGGACCGACUGUCUCGACUUCCACACGGAGAAGGUCGUUAGCGCGGCCCCGGGGGCUCAGGGAGGCACGGAGGUCAGUGUGGAGGUCUACUUUGAGCCCAGCCACCUGGGCGAGACCAAGGGCAUCCUGAGCCUCUCGUCACUGGCAGGCGGGGAGUAUACCAUCCCCCUCUUCGGAAUGGCCCUGCCCCCCAAGCCACAAGGCCCCUUCCUGAUCCGAGCCGGAUACAACAUAGUCAUCCCCUUCAAGAAUGUGUUCUACCACACGGUCACCUUCUCCUUCAUCGUGGAGAACCUGGCCUUCUCCAUCCGGGCCGUAGACACGGUGCGGCCCAAGAAGAUCAACAACAUCACAGUCUACUUCGACGGAAACCCGUCGGGCAGCAAAACACCCAUCACCAGCAAGCUGAUUGUGGUGUGCCCUCCCGGCGAGGGCAGAGAAACAAGAAUUAAAUGGGUUUAUUAUCUGAAGGGGAUCACCCCUUAGUGGUAACCAGAGCCAGCUGCACCAAGAAAGAGCCCUCCCCUCAGCCUUAAUAUCUAUGGACUGUGCUGGCCCGGUGAACAGAGAAAAAAAUCAGAAUUCUAAAGGCACUGUUUUCCCUCUUCAUUCAAUUACAGGGGCACUUAUUUCCAUAUCAAAUGUGUUCCAAAUUAUAUGCAUGAUAAACA